AUGACUACACGCUUGGAUCGAUUGGUAGUGUUGCUGGACAACGGUUCUACAUCAGUCGUUCGUGAAGCCGCUGCAAAGCAGAUUGCUGAUAUUCAAAAGGCACAUCCAGUUGAGCUCUAUAACUUAUUGGGUCGAGUCGUCCCGUACUUGAAGUCGAAGAACUGGGACACUCGCGUUGCAGCUGCAAAAGCCAUCGGAGGCAUCGUUGAAAAUGUCCCUGUAUGGAAUCCUAAUGAAGAACCUGUAAAACUCGAGCCUAAAGAGGAAGAAGAUCAGGUUGAAAACCCCAGUCUUUCUUCGGCAACGAACCCGAACCAAAAAGAAGAGUCCAAUUCUGCUGCUAAUAUUACAUCCGAUGAUCAAGCUCCUAAAGUAAAAGAGGAACAAGUGGACCAGCCACUGGAUCCUGCAGAUUCAGCACAGCAACCGAAGGAUACCCAGAGUGACGACAAAGAGCAAGUCGCUCCUGUGUUGCAGGAUUCUGAAGAGAAGCGGAUACCUAGCCGUUUUCAUUCUUUCAGUAACUUAGCACCCACAAAAGACUUUGGAACCGAUUCUUCUAUAUCAUCGGAACUUAACUCCAAGUUCGAAGGUAGCUUUCAGAAUUCUUUGCUUUCCUUUGAUAAUUUCAAUUUGGAAGAUGUUAUGAAGCACGGUACGAAGUUGCUAGGUAGUGCCACUCGUGACUAUGAUUUUACCCCAUCCGAUACUUAUUCUUCACAUUACAUUCAUCAAUUAUCCAAUCUCAAAAAUCGUUUAGGGCUCGCUGGCGAGUAUUUAGACGAUGAACUUAUGCAUGACUUGAGUGAUCAACCUUCUCUCCACCAUAGACCUUCCCCAGCAUCUCUACAUCCAGAGCAAGAGGUGAACCAGUCUUUAAACGGCGCCUCCGAUAGCCCUAAUGAACCAGAUGAUUUGUCGCAUUUAUCUGCUCGUCAACGUAACGCUUUAAAACGCAAAGCCAAGCAAAUGAAGAGCUCUCAGAAAGUUCGUGUCAUCGACGUGGCUCCUAAUUCCAAUCAGCAACAAUCAAAAUCAGCCAAAUCGGAACCCAAUUCUGCUCCUGAGUAUAACUUUACCUCUCAAUCUCAAUCUGAUCGACUCGUUGUGGAGCAUAAAGCCCCAGUUGUACCAUCUGCUGCUGUUGCGGUUACCAGCGACUCCGUAUGGCCUUUUAAAACUCUUGCUGAGCUGCUUUUAGUGGAUAUGUUUGAUCCUGCUUGGGAAAUUAGACAUGGUGCAUGUAUGGGCUUGCGUGAAAUCAUACGCUAUGCAGGUUUUGGCUAUGGACGAGAAAUUGGUAAAAGUUUACAAGAAAAUGACGAACUAAAUACUAAAUAUUUUAAUGAUCUUUUAUGUCGUAUUGCUUGUGUUUUUGCUUUGGACAGGUUUGGAGAUUAUUUGGCCGAUCAAGUCGUUGCACCAAUACGUGAAUCUGUUAGCCAAGUUCUAGGUGUUGCACUCAUUUAUGUGCCUGAUACGUCAGUUCAUUCGAUGUACAAGGUACUCCAUUCGUUGGUUUUUCAAAAUGAAUUAGGCCUGAGUCACAGGGUUUGGGAAGCUGCACAUGGUGACAGUCUAAUUGAUAUAGUUAUUCAGGGUUUAGCUAAUAACGAUGAUGAUGUUCGUGCGGUCAGUGCAUUGACAUUAUUACCUGUUGCUGAUAAACUCGUCGCUGAUAAACUGGAUUCGUGCAGUCAAUUACUUAACGUUUUAUGGGAUUGUUUGGAUGAUGUUAAAGAUGAUCUUUCUUCGUCAACGGCUAGUGUCAUGGACCUUUUGUCCUGCUUAUGUUCUUUUCCCGAAGUGAUGGAACUUAUGCAAGAAAAUGCAAACUCUGAUUCAAAACGCUCUUUCAGGACUUUGGUUCCCCGACUAUUUUACUUGAUGCGUUAUACUCUCAGUGGUGUUCGUAGAUCUGUGAUCUAUGCUUUAAGUAAAUUUGUUCUCAUUAAAAACCCCAAGUUAAAUAGCUGGAUUACAGGGUUAACUUUACGACUUUGUUUUCAGAACGUUUUGCUUGAACAGCAGGAUGACAUUUUUCAAUCUUCUCUUGAUUUAGCGCAUCAAAUUAUAGACUUCUUAUAUUAUCAUGGAUCAGAUAAGUUCACUGAAAUGAUGAAGCCACAUAUUGAAUCUAUGCUUAAAGUCACCAUGACUCCCAUAGGUUCCACCCGGCAUCCCUAUCCAAUUGAUACGUCGUUACUUAUAAAACCUUCUGGUCAACCAUAUGCAGUGCGAAGCACUACACAGGAUCGUAACUCUAAGUCUUUAUUCGACUUACCCUCUCGUCGAAAACAAAGAAGAUAUGCCGAAUCUGAUUCUGGUUCAUCAUUUUCAUACUCUGUUGAUGAACCUAUGUUGAAUGGUGAUGUAGAAUUCGUCGGUGAAGAGCGUAUGUUAAGAUGUCGUUUGGGUGCGGCUUCCAUUUUGGGUGCAAUUUUGGGUCGCUGGAAGAGAGAUGAAAUACUUCCUAUAUUUGAGUUGCCUUUAAAAUUAUGCCUUUCUUCCGCAUUUUCUACUCCUAUUAUGCUCUGUUCAAGAUUGAUAGAAGAAUUUUUAACAUCUGAAGAUUCCACCCUUACCACUCAAAAAGAAAAAUUUCAUCAGAUGCUUUGUGACCAAUUUGCUACUAUUCCUCGCGAAACUUAUGCUAAUUUAGUGCCACAGCUACAUAUCGUGAGGGCACAAUGCAAUGCUUUGUUGAAUACAUUUGUGGAUUUAGGGCGGACCUCUCGUUCCAAAUUACCUGUCUUAGCAGUUGUUGUGAAGGGUGAUGCAGAUGCUGGUCCUAAUGCUUUCGGCAUUGAUGAUGCGGAGAAAAUUAUCGGCCCUACAUUUGAGUCAUUGUUUAGCAUGCUCUCACCAUCGCAAAAGUCCGUCUCUUCUAAAACCUUUAAUGAAAUGAAGCUACUUGUCAGCGAUGAGAUAUCAAUUUAUAAAACUCAAAAAGAUACAAUCGAUAUUCAAUGUGCGGCAGCUCUCGCUUCUGGUAUAGUCUCUUAUGAGAAAUUACCUAAGAAACUAAAUCCAAUCAUUAAGGGUAUUAUGGAGUCUAUAAAAAAGGAAAGUUAUUCUUGUUUACAGACACAUUCAGCAAUGGCGAUGAUGAAAUUAAUAUCUUCAUGUUAUAAAGAGUCUCGCCAAAAUAUCUCUGAAAAAAUAGUAAAGAACUUAUGUGCUUACGUUUGCAUGGAUACUUCUGAAACUCCUAUCUUUGAAGAAUUGGAAGAGCAAGGUAUUUUGUCAAUUUCUAAUAGCGAAUCCGAGAUUGAAGAUAUUGAUGGUGAGAAAUUAGGUAAAGAUGCUGAAGGAGACAUAGGUGAGCGUCGCAAGGUUCGGUCUGGCAGUUCCGAAAAGGAGGCAGCAAUUCUUCAAAGAGUAGGUGCUCAAUUAACACUUCAGUUAAUGGCAACAACUUUUCGUAAUCGUCUCUUCGAAGAUGUUCCUGUUUUGUCACAGUGUUUGUUCGUUCCUAUAAAACGAUUCACUAAAGAAGGACUCCCAGUGGAUGCAAACGGUAAAAAGGACUCUACUUUCGGUCAAGAUUUGCUGGAUGCCAUGUCUAUCCUUCGAUUCUUGGUUCCCCAUUUACACGUUGAUUUAUACGGUUACGUAACGGACAUUUUACCUCAUUUACUUUCGGCUGUAUGUUCAGAAUACAGUUCUAUAAGGUUUAUGGCUGCAAAAUGUCUAGCAUCAAUAUCUGAUUCUGCUGCAGCUGGUUCAAAAGCACUACGAAUGCUAGUAGAGAGUAUAGUUCCUUUACUGGGUGAUCCAACUAAUACUACUCACAGACAAGGUGCUAUUGAAUGCAUUUACCAAGUGGUACAACGCCUUGGCGUUCGUAUUUUACCUUAUGUGCUGUAUCUUAUCAUUCCGCUUUUGGGUAGGAUGAGUGAUUCCGAUAAGGAUGUGAGAACUCUAGCUACUUCAUCAUUUGCAACCCUAGUCAAGUUAGUACCUCUCGAAGCUGGUAUUCCUGAUCCUACUGAUCUUCCUCAAGAACUUAUCGAUAGCAGAGAAAAGGAAAGACGCUUUCUUGAGCAAAUGCUGAAUCCUUCAAAAGUUGAUUCCUUCGUGAUGCCCGUCGCUGUAAAUGCCGAUCUUAGAAAGUAUCAACAGGAAGGCGUUAACUGGUUGGCAUUUUUAAAUAAAUACGAAUUACAUGGCAUCCUUUGUGACGAUAUGGGUCUUGGUAAGACGUUGCAAACGAUAUGUGUUGUAGCUAGUGAUCAUCACAAUCGUCAAAAAGCUUUCGAAGAAACGAAAAGUCCCAAGUUUGCUCACGCACCUUCUCUAGUUGUUUGUCCAUCGACUUUAGCUGGGCAUUGGCAACAAGAACUAUUAACAUAUGCACCAUUCUUGAGGGUUCUUUUAUAUGUGGGACCUCCCACUGAUCGCACAAAACUUAGAAAGCAGCUUAAGGUAGUUGAUGUUGUAGUAACAUCUUACGACAUAUGUCGAAAUGACAUGGAAUCUCUUGUUAAAGUCGAUUGGAAUUACUGUGUUUUAGAUGAAGGCCAUGUCAUAAAAAAUGCCCGUGCCAAGCUUACAAAAGCAGUCAAGUGUUUGAGAUCGUACCAUCGUCUCAUUUUAUCUGGUACUCCAAUUCAGAACAACGUUUUGGAGCUCUGGUCUCUAUUUGACUUUUUGAUGCCAGGCUUCUUGGGAUCUGAAAAAAUAUUUCAUGAAAGAUUUGUGAAGCCAAUCGCUGCAAGUCGAGAUGCAAAAAGUUCUUCUAAAGAAAGAGAAAGAGGAACGUUGGCUUUGGAGGCCAUACAUAAGCAAGUUCUUCCUUUCUUAUUACGUAGACUAAAAGAAGAUGUCCUUGCUGAUUUGCCUCCUAAAAUCAUUCAAGAUUAUUAUUGUGAGAUGAGCGAUUUGCAACGAAAACUGCAUAAUGAUUUUAUCUCUCAAUUAAAUGUAAACGAGGAAAUAGAAGUUGAUUUGGAUGAACAAGAAAACAAAAAACCCGCUAAAAAGAAAUCUUCGAAGGGACACAUCUUCCAAGCUUUGCAAUACAUGCGCAAACUUUGCAAUCAUCCUGCUCUGAUCUUGACUGACAAGCAUCCUAAACGUGUUGAAAUUACGAAGCAAUUAGAAAAAGAGCAUAGUACUCUUCAUGAUCUAAAACAUGCCCCUAAGUUACUAGCACUUGGUCAAUUGCUCAAAGACUGUGGUAUAGGUGAUUCUUCGUAUAAUGGUACUGGGGUUGAUUCAACACUGGCUAAUCCCGUGAGUGAACAUCGAGUACUUAUUUUCUGUCAACUUAAGGACAUGUUAGACAUGGUAGAAAAGGAUCUUUUAAGAGCUACUAUGCCCGAAGUUUCAUAUAUGAGACUUGAUGGUUCUGUUGAGCCUACCAAACGCCAGGAGGCCGUAACAAAGUUUAAUAACGAUCCUUCCAUCGAUGUCUUGUUAUUAACAACACAUGUUGGUGGUUUAGGUUUAAAUUUGACUGGUGCGGAUACUGUAAUUUUCGUUGAGCAUGACUGGAAUCCUAUGCGUGACUUGCAAGCAAUGGAUCGAGCUCAUCGUAUCGGGCAGAAGAAAGUAGUAAAUGUAUACCGACUAAUUACUAAAGAUUGCCUUGAAGAGAAGAUUAUGGGUUUACAGCGAUUUAAGAUGAACGUCGCUUCUACUGUUGUUAAUCAGCAAAAUAAUGGGCUUGCUUCUAUAGAAACAGAUCAGAUACUAGAUUUGUUUGACAGCAAUGCCGAUGAACAGAAAGCGGAUGAGAAGAAAGAAAAGUUUUUGGACACCAAUAACCAAGGUCUAAGUGCUACUUCAAAGAAAGCAUUAGAAGGAUUACCGGAAAUGUGGGAUGAAUCACAAUACGACGAGUUCAAUUUGGAUGGGUUUAUAUCCUCCUUAUCCAAAGAACCUCAAUAA